AUGAUACCUGAAAAGCAGAUCCCCACAAAGGCAUUUGUAAUCGAUUCUCCAGGGUCCCCAUAUGUUCUGCAAGAUGUGGUUCUGGACGAAGUCCGGCCACACGAAGUCUUGAUCGAGAUGAAGUAUACAGGCCUGUGCCACACUGACCUUGUGGUUCAACAAGGUGUCAUUCCAAUUGGCGAAUAUCCAGCAGUGCUGAGCCAUGAAGGAGCGGGAAUUGUCCGACGGGUUGGCAGCGCAGUAAAAGAUAAAACCCUCGGGGAAGGUGACCACUGCAACGAAGGACGCAAUGAUUUCUGUCGACAGUUCAUGCCAAUCAACUUCGGCGGUGUCAGAGGCAUGUCGGCAGCGGAUUCACCCAUCUCAUCGACCACGGGUCAGCCCAUCCGAGGUCAAUUCUUCGGCCAGUCGUCCCUGAGCAAGCUAGCCAUCGUCCCAGAGAGUUCAUUCGUCAAAAUUUUGUCUCCCUCUGGAUUCACCGAUGCAGACGUAGCUGUUCUUGCCCCCUACGGGUGUGGAUAUCUUACCGGAGCUGGCACGGUUUUGAAUGUUCUUAAGCCGAGGCCGUCGUCUCGGUUUGUCGUGCUAGGAAUGGGAGCUGGCGUUGAGAGCGUUGUAGCGGUGGAUAUUGUUGAUUCGAAGCUCGAAUUAGCCAGCUCACUUGGCGCGUCCCACACUUUGAACACGAAAGGUGUACCAGAUCUUGCGCAGGGUCUGCAAGAGAUGUUUCCCGAUGGGGUAGAUUAUAUCAUUGAUACCACAGGCGGUGUCCCUCUGCUUCAGUCAUCCAUCAAAGCCUUGGGUCAUGAGGGUAUGUUAGCCAUUGUGGGUGUUGCUCCGGGUGGUUCCUCGUUGACGAUCGACCCGCUGCCAGUGCUUGACUGGACGACUGUAAAAAAUCAGGUAGUCGAUUUGGGGGGAUUUCUUGUGUACGGAGUUGAGGACGUUGGAAAUUUUUGUUACCCAACAACUGCCAAUACUGAGUGCACCUAA